CUCUUCUUCCCCUCGCUUCGUGCUGAUGUGCUUCGAUGAAAAUAUCUCUAAUAGUGUCGUGUCCACUCUUUUUUAACGCCAUCGGCUGUUCUCCACACUCGGAUUCCCCCAUAAAGUACUAAAUCAGUCGCUUUUCUUCAUGGAUCUGGAAAUUCCGCUUUUUGACCUGCAUCCUUAAUACCCCCUCCCACUCCACCAUGGCCAGUCCUGCCCCAGGACACCACCAGGCCCUGCCUUCUCCCCCAUCAGCUUACCUCCGAUCAUCGCCUCCAUUCACCCCGUCGCGUGAAUCACCACGCACCAUCCCUAACCGACCCCAGAGCUUGAACCUGAGCCGCAAACCAGUCCCCGCAGCAUCGCAGUCCGAAACCUCUCCCAUCCUUCAAAACUCGCCGCGCUCACCAGUCAAAAUCGCACAUGGCGCAGAUAUCCCAGAUGCCUCGAGCGCGCGCAUCGAAGGCGCAUACAGUGGGCCCACCACACCGCAAUUGGACCUCCCCGAGUUCACAGACAUGUCGCUCGACGACCCUGUACAGCCGCCUCAGCAGAGCUGGAAUCCUGCUCAUCCCCCGCGGCGAGACUCAAUACAGGCCCCGCACUACACACACAAGCAUCCGUACGGUCACACCCCAGCGAGCAGUGGCUCAUGGUCAGUGGUAGAGCCGCAGAAAGAUGACGGACACGGAAACCCGAAAAAGAGCGGCUCCUCGUUAGAGCGCGAGGGUCAGAGCUAUAACAGCUCUUCGCGAGGAAGCUUGGAUAGCGUGGCGCAGGCGUCGGACAGCUACGAGCCUCUGACCUACCACCACCAGCAAGAACCGGCUGCGGCACCUGGAAGGAAACCCGCACCUAAUGCUGGAGACAACCCAUCCGCCUCGACGGAUAAGUUGGCCGUUAGGCGAUCAAGGCUUUCGCGGCCUCUUUCGGCAUACUCCUCAAACUCAGAUGGUGGUCACCGACGGAACCUCUCCGCGUCGCCAUAUCUACAUGCGCGAUCCUCCUCACGGAACUCGAUUGGAACCCCGGAAAACAGGUCUCUAUCAUUCCUCGAUUUGCUCAACACCUCAUACCCGCAGCCAGGCCCAACAGCAGCGCAAUUCGACAACUCGCGUCUCCAAGCCUCAGUCGGAAACAAUGCCUCUCUCCUUAGCCACAAAGAGACAUUCGAGAUGUACCUCGCGAACGUAAAGAAAACUGACGAGCCAACAGUACUGUACGAAUUCGCCGUGUUCAUGGUAAACUCGAUGCGCGAGAUGCCAGCCGUGGACCUCGAAGACGCCAGCCCGAUAACCCGCGCCCGUCUACUCCGCGAAUCAAAAUCCAUCCUCCAGCGUCUCGCAGACCGCAGCUACCCCUUCGCACAGUACUACCUCGGCGACGGGUACGCGUCAGGUCUCUUCAGCAAAGGCGUCGAGGACCACGACCGGUCCUUCCCUCUCUUCGUCGCAGCCAGCAAACACGGCCACGUCGAAGCCUGCUACCGCACAGCGCUGUGCUACGAGUUCGGCUGGGGGUGUCGCAUCGACGGCAGCCGCGCAGUCCAGUUCUACCGCCAGGCAGCGUCGAAAAAUCACCCGGGCGCCAUGAUGCGCAUGGCCAACGCCUGUAUUGCUGGCGAUAUGGGACUGGGCAAGCGGUACCGCGAGGGUGUCAAGUGGCUGAAGCGCGCGACCGAGUCUGCAGACACGCAGUAUAACUCCGGGCCGUACGAGCUCGGUGUGAUGCACGAGAGGGGAUUCGGCGAAGAUGUCUUCCCCGAUGCUACUUAUGCAGCGCAGCUGUUCACCAAAUCCGCGGAACUGGGCCAUGUGGAGGCUUGUUAUCGCCUUGGCGAUGCAUAUGAGCAUGGAAAAUUGAAUUGUCCGCGCGACCCGGCACUCAGCAUCCAUUUCUAUACCAGUGCCGCGCAGAACGGGCAUCCGCUGGCGAUGAUGGCGCUUUGUGCGUGGUAUCUCGUUGGCGCGGAGCCUGUGCUCGAGAAGGAUGAGAACGAGGCGUAUGAGUGGGCUUUCCGCGCUGCGAAUCUCGGCCUCGCCAAGGCUCAGUAUGCUGUCGGCUACUUUACUGAAAUGGGUAUUGGCUGCCGUCGGGAUCCUCUUGAGUCCAAUGUAUGGUAUGUCAAGGCGGCAGACCAGGGCGAUGAACGGGCUAAGCAUCGAAUCGCUACAAUCCGAGCUGCGGCAGAGGGUGUACAUCCAGCCGUAGCUGCGCGUAAUGGAGCGACGCGCAGUGGAGGCCGGCUCAAGAAAGCCGAGCGCAAGGAUCAGAGCCCAAGUCAUGGCCAGGAAACCGAAAUUGAAAAGCCCGCUAAACAGAAACGAUUCGUCAUUUUCUAAUCUCACUUUAAACCAAACCCAUUUAUGACCUGAUCUGUUUCAACGAUCUAAAUCACACACUUCCAAGCAUUCCCACCUCAAGCCCGGUUACCUUGCAACCCCCCAGCAAGCAUUGAAAUAUAAUGCAAGCUGAAACCCCGUCACGAGAACAGUCUACGAACGACAAUACAUACAUAAUCCCCAUCCCAACCUCUACAUACGCCCGCGCACAAGCAAAGCGCGAUCAUGAAAACCCUAUCAUUUUACAAGCGAUCUGAAUCUGAAACUUCCAUUCACAUGCCCAUUAUUGAAAUUUUCGCUUUUCUCGAGUAUUGAACUGAUAUCUGAUAUCUCGAAUCUGUCUAUACCACUCUCCUUUCGUAUCUAUUCUACAUAUUCCGUCUCAUCUCUCAUCCAUCUGAUCAUCUAUCUGCGUGGUGGUUUCCAUCUGCAUUCAUUCCUUUACCCUCACUGUCAUCUUCGCAUGAAUCUCCUUUUCGAUGAUUAACUGGAUUGUUUGUU